AUGCCAAAAAUUUAUGUACCUAAAUAUGAGAAGGGUCAAUUUGACGAUGUAGUGGAAGAAAAAAUUUCAAGUGAUAUGUCAAGAGAUAACCAUAAAGUUGACAUUUAUAAUUAUGAAGAAGAUUAUGAUGAAGAAGAUUUUUUUGAGGAUGAAUUAAAUGAUAACGACGGACGGAGUAAUGCUAGUGGUGCGAAAUUACAAAAUCAUAUGAAAAUUCUAAGCGAUGUUGAUACUAGUAACUUCUCAUCAUCUGUAACAAACGAUAUAAAAAUGAGUAACAAGAAAGCUCAAGGAGAAAAACAAAAAUAUAGUGAUAAAUCAGACCGUGCCACAACAGAACAAGUAUUAGAUCCACGUACAAGAAUUAUAUUAUUUAAAUUAAUAAAUAGUAAUUUAAUAUAUGAAAUCAAUGGUUGUAUAAGUACAGGAAAAGAAGCAAAUGUAUAUCAUGCAACAACAGAGUCAAAUGAUCACAGGGCUAUAAAAGUUUAUAAAACCUCAAUAUUAAUAUUUAAAGAUCGUGACCGUUACGUAACAGGAGAAUUUAGAUUUAGACAUGGAUAUAAUAAACAUAAUCCACGCAAAAUGGUAAAAUUAUGGGCGGAAAAGGAAAUGAGAAAUUUGAAAAGAUUAUGGCAAGCUAAUUUACCAUGUCCAGAACCUAUUCUGUUAAAGUUGCAUGUAUUAGUGAUGAGUUUUUUAGGUGAUAAAAAUGGAUGGGCAUAUCCAAGACUAAAAGACGCAAAUAUUAAAUCCGAUAUUUAUCCAGAAUUGUACUAUCAAAUUAUUAAAAAUAUGAGGAUUAUGUUUCAUAAAUGUAGGCUUGUUCAUGCAGAUUUAAGUGAAUACAAUUUAUUAUAUAAUUCAAGGAAACUAUAUAUUAUAGAUGUGUCACAAUCUGUAGAACAUGAUCAUCCGCAUGCUUUAGGAUUUUUGAGAAAAGAUUGUGAUAACAUUACGGAAUAUUUUCGGAAAAAAGAUGUAAAAGUGAUGAAUAUCAAAGAACUAUUUGAUUUUAUUACAGAUUUAGGAUUCGGGAUAGAGGAUGAACAAAUUGACAAUGAGCUUGACAAGAUUCAAGAAAAAAUGAAUCUACAAGAGCAACAAGAAAUAGGAGAAGACAGUACUGAUAAAGGAUCUAAAGAAUCAAAAAAUUCUGUUGAUGAAGAAGUAUUCAAAAAGUCCUUCAUACCAAGAACAUUAAUUGAUGUGAUUGAUGCUGAGAGAGAUACUGAUAUAAUAAAUAAGGGUGAUGGUGAUGAGUCUAGAGGAAAAAAAAAUAUGGAUAAAGAGGCUAAAAAAGAACAUAAAAAACUUGUCAAAGAAGUAGCAAGAGACAAAAGAAAGAAUAAAAUGCCAAAAUCUGUAAAGAAAAGAAGAAUUAAAAAUACUUCUGGUAAGAAAAAAUAA